AUGUCCCCCGAAUAUAUUAUGGGAAACUUACCAUCAGCGCGCGUUACGCCCCAACGUCUGUUCAUGACAUGCGGAGUCGAUUAUGCUGGGCCGUACUAUCUUAUCGACAAACUGCGUGGUCGAAAUGUAACUAAGGCAUACAUUUGCAUUUUUGUAUGUUUCGCCACAAAGGCGGUCCACAUUGAAUUAGCGCGCGAUCUAAGCACUAAUGCAUUUUUUAACUGUUUAUAUCGAUUUAUCUCGCGUCGAGGAAAAUGUCAAAAGAUAUAUUCUGACAACGGUACGAAUUUUGUCGGUGCUCGAAGUGAACUAAGCGAAUUAGGUCAACUUAUAAAAAGGCAUGACUUCCAAACAGAUGUUACUGACUUCCUAGGGAAUGAAAAAAUCUCUUGGCACAUGAGUCCUCCCAAUUCCCCUCACUUUGGAGGGCUUUGGGAAGCAGCGGUGAAAUCCACGAAAAAACAUUUGCGAAGAGUGAUAGGAGACACUCGCCUUAUGUAUGACGAAUUAUACACAGUACUAACCCAAGUCGAGGCAUGUCUCAAUUCCCGACCCUUAUCUCCUAUCUCAACCGAUCCUAACGACUUAAUUCCUAUAACACCUUGUCAUUUUCUAAUUGGAGACUCGUUAGUGGCUAGUCCACAACAUGAUUUGCGAGAUACACCUCAAAAUCGGUUCACUCGCUAUGAGCACCUUUAG